AUGGCCGAUGAUACCGAACUCAUACCUAUACAGCAAUCAAUACCAUCUGACCUACAAGACAAAGUUACUGCGAUAUCCGAUAUAUGUUUCAAAACUGCAGGUAUUCCCGAUGCAUUGGAUGACAAUAAGAAAAGAUGGCUUGUUGUUGGUAUAUGUCUCCACUCAGUGAUCUCGCCUACACUGCGAACGUUUAUUACUCCGGUUCUUGACACCUUAUAUAACUCACUUGUAGUUUCAGAUAACAUUGAUAAGCAAACAUAUAGUACUCAUUUGAAGAAAUAUAUACCAACUCAAACUAAUUUGAAUUAUGAGGCUAUCAACACCAACAAUACUAAGCUUGUAAGAAAAGUUAAGCAGUACAUGCAGUAUGACUACAGAGUCUACAAUGCUGUUGAUUUAUCCAAACUAUUUGUACAGACGUUUAUGGCUCAUUACACAGCGAUCGACGAUUCUUGUGAUUCAUCAGCUUUGCUAGGAAUAAUCAUAAAUAUUUCACCAAGUCUACAAUCUACUGCUAAAAAGGUACGAUCCUUCAUAAGAAAUCCGUGGGCACAUUGUGAUUUCACAGAAUGGAACCCAAUGAAGUUUUCAGAUUGUUUCAAGUUAAUGGAACAGAUCAUUAAAGAUUUGAAAAUAAAUGCUACAGAUGAAGUUUCUAUUUUGAAAGAUCUGUCCAAAUGGGAAAACUGUGGAAUCAGUUUGCUAAGCGGUACACCGCUUGGCCUAGAACUAGUAAAUGAGAUUCGUGAACAGACACGGGAUUUAGCCGAAUAUGCGCAAACUGUUGCAUCGAGUACAGAUGACAACUUUGAAAAAAUCCGAAAGGAAUUGGUAGAAAUUACUAUAACAUUUGAUGAUAGAAUUAACUAUAUUGAAAGAGGUUUAAAAAUGAAAAUUGAAGAUGACAAAAUGAUGCAAGAUCGCCUAUUGUGUCAGGAAGAAAAAAAUACAUUUCUUGAAAAUGAACUUCAAAGACGCGACCAAGAAACAAUACCAAAACAUAAAAGAGCACAACAUGAAGAUAGUAUACAAAAAUGGCAAGAAGAUGAUAAAAAGUUUUUUGUUACAAGAGCAACUGAACAUGUAAUAUUCAAAAUCUGCCUAUCCAACAUUGCAGUUGUAACAGGAAGUUCAGGUUCUGGUAAAUCUUUUUUAAUUCAUCAUGUUGCUUUACAUUUACACAGUACAGACGAAUAUGAAUUUAUACCCUCAUCAUUUGUAACGGCACCUGCUGAUAUCAUAAAUGAUCGUAAUAAAAACCGAAAUCAAGUUUUUGUAAUCGAUGACAUUUGUGGGAAACAAAGUGUUAAUCUCCAAAUUGUACAAACAUGGAAGGAUUUAGCAGGUCAGGUUGAAGCUAUAUUCAAAGACAAUGGUAUCGAAUCCCAGAAUACGACAGUACGAACAGAAAAAACUAAAUUUGCUAAACUGUUAAUUUCGUGUAGACUAGAGGUAUUCAAAGACAAACGGUUCCAGCGACUGUGUUGUUUUACUAAGCAUGAAUGUAAUAUAUUGUCUGACCCUCUGUGUCUCCUCCCUGAAGAGAGACUGUUGAUGAUAAAGCAGUACCUAUCCAACGAUAGGAUUAAAGAAGUCGAUGACAUUCUGAAUGAGUUUAAUUUUUUCCCUUUGCUUUGUAGACUUUCAACCAAUAGAUCGUCAGAAGAAUUAAGAAAUCUUUUUUUAGCACCUAUAGCUACAAUAAGGGCUGAUUUAGAAGAAAUCCUUCAAACAGAAAACAAGUUCAAACAGUGUGCUCUCGUGUUAUGUUUAAUAUUUGAAGAGGGGUUCGAUGAACAAUGGCUGAAGUUUAAAUUAGUCUCAAAUGACAUUCAAACUAAAAUUAAAGGAAUUGGAGAAGAAUUUGAUAUCAAGUUAGACAAAGAGAUACGUAGACGCUCUUUAAUUGAUGCUUUUUGUAGUCUGAAAGGAACAUAUCUCAGAAAUAGAGGCACGAGUUAUGAAUUUUAUCAUGACAAAAUUUAUGAGACUGCAGUUAUUGUUUUUGGACAACAUUUUAAAGAAUGCUUUAUCAAAUAUGCAUCUGUGUCAUUUAUCGGUGAUAGAUAUAUAUUGGAGUCAGAAGGGGCUACAAAUAAGUACAGCCUAGUAAUAAUUUCCGAGGACAUGGAGGAGUCUUAUUUUCUCAGACUUUUAGGAGAUUUGAAAAUGGAAAAUGUUAACAGCACACUACAUAAUAAACAAUUAGUAUAUGAGUCUUUUAGAAUGAAACUUAUUAAGUUUGUCGAGAGAAAUAUGAAAGAAACUACACCUAUAUUCAAUCAGCUCGAUGAAAGUGGCAUUAUUAUAAGUAUUGGUAAUGAAGAUGAUGAUGAAGAUUAUGAUAACUAUUAUAUCGGUAUGGAAAAGGAAACGCAGAUAUCAACUUCUCUGAUUGAAUCCAUUCGGGAGGGUUAUGAAGAUAUUAUUGAAUUCCUUAUAAAAAUAGGUUGUAAUGUAAAUUUAUUUGAUAGCAACGACAGGUCACCAUUAUAUAUUGCUUGUGAACUAGGAUUCACCAACGUGGUAACAUUAUUAAUAAAUAACAGUUGUAUUGUAUCAGCACAUGGUUUAAUUGAUUAUUUUCCAUUGAAUAUCGCAUGUGCACACGGAUAUACGGAAAUUGUGAAAUUGCUGAUUGCCAAUGAAAUUGAUGUCAGUGAGAUUUCUUUUUUUAACGGAACGCCGCUGAUAAAUGCGUGUAAAGGAGGGCAUUUAAACAUAGUUCGUUUGCUUUUACAAAAAGAUGCAGAUGUCAAUGAAUGCGAAUAUUUUGAUGAUGAUUGCACACCUUUGGAUGUAGCAUGCGAAGGUGGGUAUACAGAUAUUGUACAACUUUUAUUAGAGAAGAAAUCAGAUAUAAAUCACAAUGAUGGUGCGCCAUUGUUUCUUUCUUGUCAAAAUGGACAUACAGAUACUGUGAAAUUAUUGCUGGUUAAUAAUGCAAACAUAACAUCAUCAGCAUUUGCUGUGGCAUGUGAAAAUGGAUAUAUAACCAUAGUAAAUAGUUUACUUCAGAACGAAACCACCAUUUCUUUAUAUGUCGAUGAAUUAUCCCCUUUACAUUUAGCCUCAGGGAAUGGACAUCUAAAUGUAGUAGAAACUUUAUUAAACAGUCAAAUUAAUAUAUCACAUUUUGAUAAAUGGUCUUCGUUAUGUGUAGCUUCACAUGUAGGUCAUAUUGAUAUAGUGAAGGUUUUAGUAAAAAGUGAGACCAAUGCUGCUUUUUGUGACAAGAAUGGAUAUUCCCCAUUGUACGCAGCUUGUCAAGGUGGAAAUAUCGAUAUAGUACAGUUCUUAAUUCAGCACAAUAUCACUUUAUUUCAUUUUAACAAAAGGGGUCAGUCACUUCUUCAUGCCGCUUGUUCUAAUAUUGAAACAAAAGAUGAUCAUUUGUGCGUUAUAAACCUCCUUCUAGAUAAAAAAUUAGAAAUAUCUUUAACUGACAAUAAUGGAUUUACUCCACUUCAUUUCGCUUCUCUUGGAAAUUCUGAUGAUAUAGUUAGGCUAUUACUGAAAAGAGGUGUUGGUGUAAACCAUCAAACAGCUGUACAAGGUAAUACAUCUUUGCACCUUGCAUGCACAUGGAGAGAUGUGGUUUUUCAAAGAAACACAGAUGUAAAAAUUUCAUUAUGUGACAAUAAUGGGAAAUCUUUUGAAGUUGGUGUUUCCAAAUUUAGUUCACCUUUUCCAAAAAAUGUCUGUUACGACACUCAUGGUAUUCAUCAAUCUAUCGUUCGGUUGUUAUUAGAAUACAAAGCUGACGUUUCAUUAUGUAACUAUAAAGGACAAACGCCGUUACAUAUUGCUUGCGAAAGUGGUGAUUACGAUGUUGUCAAAGUGUUGGUAGAAAUUAAAGCAGAUAUAACCGUGUGCGACAACGACGGAAAUACUCCACUUGAUCUUGCAUGUCAACGAGAACACACAGAUGUCGUGACAUUGUUACUCAACAGUAUAACAAAUAUAUCACAGUUAGAUAAUGAUGGAAAGACUGCAUUUCAUUCAGCAUGUAAGGGUUAUGGAAGCAGGAAAAAAGAUGUUGGAUGGUUCUUUGGCAAUCCUUGGCAGCGUCCAACCGAUACUGAUAUCGAAGCACACAAAUCUGUCAUCGAGAUUUUGCGCCAUAAAAAAGCAGACGUAAAUAAACGUAAUAAACAUGGAGAAACACCUUUACAUACAGCUUGUGAAUAUGGUCCUAUUGAUAUUGUAAAGAUUCUUCUAAAUGAAGGUGCAGAUAUAUCACUAUGUGACAUGAAAGGUCAGUCUAUCGUGUAUAAGACAUGUGCUGGAGGAAAUAGUAGAAUAUUAAAUAUUUUGCUUCAAAUAAAUGCCAACUUUUUAAAAUGCGACAAUGAUGGAAACUCGGCACUGCAUGUAACGUGUAAAAACAGAGGUAAAGUGCAAAAGAAAUGGCCCUCGGGUAAUCUGAAGCGUAAAUUACCAUGCAAAUUAUCUUCGACCUCAAAGUUUGAAUUUGAAGAACUUUCGAUAUACAUAGCAGAUGAGUUUGAAUGUGUUUUAAAAAUACUUGUCGAUCAAAACGUAGACCUGAACAUAAGAAAUAACUGUCAACAAACACCACUCCACAUUGCAACUGAAGGUGGUCAUUUACCUCUGGUUAACAUGCUUGUUGAACGAAAUGUUGAUGUUAAUAUGUGUGACAACAACGGACAAUCACCAUUAUAUUUGGCAUGUGAAAUGAGACAUAUAGAUAUUGUUAAAAUUUUAUUGUUACAUAAUGCCAACAUGCAUUUAGUAGAUAACAACAAACGGUCUGCGUUUCAUGCUGUUUGCAACGGGUUGAGUCUUCCACCAACUGAAAUAGAAAUUCAAAGUGUACGAGAUUUAGUUUCACUUCUAAUAGACUAUAAAGGAGAUCUUUCUCACCCUGACAAUGACGGUAAAAUACCAUUACACUUUGCUUGUAAAGUCGGUUGUCUUGCUAUUGUCGAAUCGUUGGCAGUAAAGAAAGCACACUUUACUGUAUGUGAUUCAAAUGGCCAGACGCCAUUAGAUGAAGCCAAAAAAGCAGGACAUUGGGACACUGUGCGUUUUCUUGAAAACUUUGAAGAAGACACGAGUAAAAAUUACAAUCCGUUUUAUUUUCUGUGGUGA